AUGCUUCAAGUCACUUGGAUCCAUCACUGGAGCAGAUUAUCCAAGCAAAGAUCAAUCGGAGUGCAGCCCAAGGGCAGCGGCCUGAUUUUGUGGAUUUUAUGUCAGAAGCAAAGUUUGACAAUAUGCUUCCUUCAGACUUCAGAGCAUCAGCUUCGCCUUCAACAAGAGCAGUUUCAAACACAAGAAUUGUCUAGGACACUGAGCCAACAAUUGGGAAUGGAGGGGGAUAUACAACUUGCUAGUUCUUGGUCUGUAGAUGAAGUUGGUCCGUUUGUCAGGAAUCUUCUCCAGGCUCAAUCAGUGGGGUUGAAUGAUUCAGAUCUUCACCGGAAGAGGCUUUCAUCUUUUGAAGAGCAAUUCAGCAAUCUUAAAAGGAAUCUUGCUUUGCAGGAGCAACAGCAGCAAGGGACUUUUGAGCCAAACCCUACAGCAUUUGCCUGGCCAGCUCUUUCUGCACUUGCUUCUGGGAUGGAAGGAAAAUUCAUCAGAAGUGAUGAGCAAUAUUCUACUUCACCAUCCGAGCAACAAGCUUCGAAUUUACCUUUCAAUCAUUUGACCGAUCAGGAAGUUAAUGUGAACAUCUCAUUUUCAGAAGUCCCCCAAAAUUCUGGAUCAUUUGCAGAACAGUCAUUGAUUUUGGGCUCUGGAGAUCCGUUUUCUAGUAGAUAUGCAGGUGCUAGGUUGACAGCAAAAUUUUCUGUGGAUAAAGAAUUAUUGGAGGGUAAGGAGAAGAAAAAUGGAUUGAAAAGCAUGAUUUCUCGAAGUGGUUCUGUGUCAGGGUCUGAGGACAAUAUUUUAGAGCAAGUAGAGACAACUUUGAACAGUGGUGAUCUACAAAGUAGAACCCAUCUCCGGCAUGGUUCUCUUAGUACUGGUGGCAAUGACAAGUUGUACAAUAAUGAUAUUGGAUUGGAUAAAUCAGUUGAAGACCAUUCUACUGAUAGGUUACUGUCAGUUAUGCCAAAAGGGCGUGAUAAAGUUUCACAGAUUCAUCAUCCCAGGUGUUUUCUGAUCAAAACGAGGUGUCAUUCGUGAAGCGAAAAAUCCUACAAGCCUUGCAACUCAAGCAAAGGGAGCGUAAAAGACGAGGCAUCUGUCAAAAUAGAUGCAGUUAUGAGAAGGACCACAUCUUCCAACGAUGCUGCAGUGUCUGAGGCAUCGUCAUUCAUCGAGAUUCUUAAGAAGCCGGCUCAUCUUCACGGGACUGAGGCAGCAGCGUACGGUUCUGCUUUCAAGCCUUCAUCUGACGCUGCUUCACAAGCUCCUCGAAGUGGCAAGAAAAAAGG